CUGGAGGUUGUGGUUGAGGGGGUGUUGGCAGGUGGGAUUUGACUAGCACAGUAUGGACUCGAGAGCAGGCGGGCUUUUUGUGGCUGACCAUGCGAGGAACCUCUCAGUGCUGCGAGAAUCUCCUCUCCACCUCCGGAUAGUUCUGCAGUGCUCGUUCCUUGGCUCAUUGACCCCAGCGCAGUUUUGACUGUUUUCCUUUUCACCACGUAUUUGCACGAGGGAACAGCUUGUGGACCAAACAAGGGGCGAAGCAACUUUUUGACUGUGUAGAUGGCUCAUUUGUCCUUGUGCUCAAUAAUUUAUGCACUUUUUGUGUUGCUGCUGUGACAAUAUCUACAGGAGGGGACCAGGGAGGAAGGUUGGGAUUGUGACCCCUGCAUGAUCCCUCAGCAAGUCCUCUGUGUGAAUUAGUCAGCAGCCUCUUCAUCCUCCUCCUCCUCGCCUGCCGGCAUGCAGGUCUCGAUCGCUUGCACAGACCACAACCUCAAGGGUCGGAAUGGAGACCACGGAAAACAAAACACAACCAGCCCCAACGUGGUGAACGCAGCACGGGCAAAGUUCCGCACGGUUGCCAUCAUCGCCCGGAGCUUUGGCUCGUUUACCCCCCGUCAUCACAUCUCCCUCAAAGAGUCCACCGGCAAGCUCACUGGCAUGAAGUACCGGAACCUUGGGAAAUCUGGAUUGAGAGUAUCAUGCCUGGGUCUAGGGACUUGGGUGACGUUUGGAGGCCAGAUUUCAGAUGAGAUGGCGGAACAGCUGAUGACUAUAGCGUAUGAGAGCGGGGUGAACCUCUUUGACACAGCAGAGGUGUAUGCUGCAGGAAAAGCUGAAGUCAUACUGGGGAACAUCAUCAAAAAGAAGGGUUGGAGGCGAUCCAGUCUGGUUAUAACCACAAAGCUCUACUGGGGUGGAAAAGCAGAGACAGAACGAGGCCUCUCCAGGAAACACAUUAUUGAAGGGCUCAAGGGCUCCCUGCAGAGAAUGCAACUGGAAUAUGUAGAUGUGGUCUUUGCCAACCGUCCCGAUAGCAACACACCAAUGGAGGAGAUAGUCAGAGCCAUGACCUAUGUGAUAAACCAAGGCAUGUCCAUGUACUGGGGUACCUCAAGAUGGACAGCUAUGGAAAUAAUGGAGGCUUACUCUGUAGCGAGGCAAUUUAAUCUGAUUCCUCCAGUGUGUGAACAGGCUGAGUAUCAUCUCUUCCAGAGGGAGAAGGUGGAAGUGCAGCUGCCCGAGCUCUACCAUAAGAUAGGUGUGGGGGCCAUGACAUGGUCCCCUUUGGCCUGUGGGAUUAUCACUGGGAAGUAUGAAAAUGGUAUUCCAGAAUCGUCCAGGGCGGCUAUGAAGUCGUACCAGUGGCUGAAAGACAAGAUAGUCAGUGAGGAUGGACGUAAGCAGCAGGCUAAGUUAAAAGAACUCAGCCAUAUUGCUGAAAAGCUGGGCUGCACGUUGCCUCAGCUUGCCGUUGCUUGGUGUCUGCGAAAUGAAGGAGUAAGCUCUGUACUAUUAGGAACCUCCAAUGCAGAGCAGCUUACUGAAAACCUGGGAGCCAUUCAGGUACUUCCAAAGAUGACGUCCCAUGUGGUCUCAGAUAUUGAUCAUAUACUUGGGAACAGGCCAUACAGCAAGAAGGACUACCGGUCCUAGGGCCUCUGGUCACACUCAGGGUGAAGCGAGAUAGUAACUGAUGUGUGUAGCAGUGUAUAUGCCCUCAGUGGUUCCUGCUCCGAGUCUUUUUUCAUCAAUGGUCUGGCCUCUCUCUGGAGCCUUAGAAUGCUGUCCACCAUAACCUGUACCUGCAUCCCCUCUAUCUUUACUGGUGUGCCUUUGCAUUCCAACACAACAGUGAGAAUCCCUACAAGUGGUGUCAAUCUGUCAUUUCACUUGCAGGAGAGCUUCUUUCAUUAACAGCAAUGCUGUUGAGCAUUGCUCUGAUGUCAUCUAGAAAUUAUAUUUAAAUAUAUUCUGAUUAAUGAUUGGCCUCUGCUCUCAAAACCAUCAGCCAUUGGGAUGUCGGGAGUUUUGGACUGGACAGAGAGUGGAGGAACAAAGCAUGUCAUCCUCUUGUAUUCAAAUGCAGUAAUUGUAAACCUGGUUCCAGAGCAAAGACUCAGUGGAACAGUCACCUGACUUGACUAUGUGCAUUCAUAAAAAUUCUGUUUUGCUUGUGCAAGAAAGCCUGUAUUGUUGUUUGAUAUUUUUAUGAGAGACAUUUUAAAAAUAAUACGUUUGUUUGUUUCAUGCUAUGGGAUUCAGGUGUUUCCUACCUGUGUUAAAAAAAAAGUUAGGACACACCUCUAAUCUUGGAAAAUCACUCUCUAUCAUAUUUAUGAAUAUGUAUUGACUGAACAUGCAACAGUAUUAUAAACAGACCUCAAUUCACAUGGCAGUAUAAAUUUACAGUAUUAGAAUUGUUCUUAGAAACAUGCAUAUUGUCUCUAAAGCCAGCAGCCUAAUGCAUUAAUGGCAGUGUUAAUUUAUAUAUGAUUGUUCUGGAAUCCCACCAGUUUUUUAUGAUAUAUAGGUCCGGACAUCCUUUAGUCUCUAGUUCCGAGGAACACAGAUUAGGGCUCAGCAAGAAGCGCCCAAUAUGCAUGGCAGAAAUAAUAGGGGUGACUCUAAUUUACAGUUUCUUGGUGCCUCGUGUUUGUUUUUAUUAUAGCUCUAGUUAGACCUACUUGAAAGCCAUACUUUAUCAUGCCCUUGGUAUUUUAACACAGGCAAGCUGCUUACCCUGCAGUAUUUUACAUACUCAGAGCUUUUAGAAUUAUUUGAAAUCUGUUCAGUUUUGUCAUAAGGAAAUAAGCAGAUUUUUAUUUAUUUUUUUCCUGUCAAGAAAAUGUCCUGGUCAUAUCAAAACCCAAACCAAUACAAAAAUAUAAGAUUAUAUAUCAAUACAAGACAGAAUUUGUGGCAUAAUGUUAAUUACCAGGAAAAAACUUUUUCGACUUAAAAAAAAAGGAAAAAUCAAGGUUACAGUGAGGCACUUACAAUGCAAGUGAAUGGGGCCAAUUUUUGGAGAGUUUAAAGGCAGAAAUGUGAAGCUUAUAAUUUUAUAAAAGCACUUUCAUUAAUUCUUCUGUUAAAACUCAUAUAUAUUAUUUGAGUUGUAAAGUUGUUUAAAUCAUUGUUUUUAUGGCUGUUUUAGGGUUUAAGCCGUUACAUUGUCAUGGCAACACAGUUGUAAAAUUGAAAAUAACUUUACACAGAAAAGGUUAGUAAGUGAUUUUAUCAUACUAAAAUCAUGCUAACACAUAUCGUUCACGUCUUGUGGCUAUACUUUUAAAACAGUCAGUAUUUUAAUGUUUAUGUAUUGUGGCCUACAUUGGCUUACACUGACACCUAGUGGCCUGGAUGCUGCAUCAUUCAAACAUAGCAGGUUUUAGUCACCAAUGCCAUUGUAGAAAUUCACUAUGCACAGUAAACCAGGAUUAAUUUAAUCCAUGAAUGAAUGUGUCCAGUAACAGAGCAGUUAUUGAUUCUCAUUACCAUAAGACGCUGCUGUACGCUUUUUUAUUUUUUCCUCACAAUAAGCGAAAAUGAAAGCUCGUGCCCAAGGGAGUACUACAAUUAUGUGCAACUACUUUGCAAUUUAAAAAUCAUUUUUCACAUUGCAGAAAUCAGUAAAGAGAAUUAGGUGGUAAAAUGUGUGCAACUCCUACUGAAAUGCCACAAUUAAAAUAAUCAAUGUAACAGUCCUAAAAGAAAUAGGCUUCAGUUUCUAAAUGCAAUUUUUUGUUUUAAUUGUUUCUUUUGAUUUUUGAGUAAAAUAGGACAAGGACAUUUUCUUGACAGGCUUCAUGAGAAUCACCUGAUGGCUCUGUGUAUAAGAAAUACCAGUAAACCAGUGAAUUUUUAGGAAACAACCUUGGAUGUUAUGUCCAAAGAAUUCAGAAGGCUUUCUAAUGGAUAUUGAAAGUAGUGUGUGUGCAUAGUGUUACCUUUAGUCUAUCUCCCUGCGGAGUGCCUUGAUUCUAACCUGCAUGAACAUUAGGGCUUACCCAUUCUCCCAUGGGUCCAUGAGUGUAAUACUGUGAGCUUUUCUCAAUUGUAAAUGAUGUCUUUUACAAAGUUGAAGAGAUCACAUCAUGAGGUAACUACUGUUUUCUAAAGUUUGUAAAAUUGUUUUAGGAGAAAAUAGGACAUGUUGGAUUACCAGGCUGUUAUGAAUCUCUGCAUCAGGGUCUUUUAUCAUAUCACGCAUCUCUCUCCCUGUAUGGCCGCAGUGAAUUCUGUAAAUAUAAAUAUGUAAACAGUACAUAGAGGUAGAUUAUGUGCUUGAAAUAAAAAUGCAUAUGUCCGGUAAAUC